AUAAAGUACAUAUCAAAUACAUUUGCAGACAAGCAGAACGAUGUGGAGAUUCCUUCUCCCACCCAGAAAGACAGAGAGAAGAAGAAAAAACAGCAGCUCAUGACGCAGAUCAGUGGGGUGAAGAAAUUAAUGCAUAGCUCAAGCUUGAACAACACCAGCAUUUCGCGAUUUGGUGUGAAAACUGAAAAGGAAGACCAUCUGGCCAAGGAGCUGGAAGACCUGAAUAAGUGGGGUCUCAACAUCUUCAACGUGGCGAGGUAUUCCCACAACAGGCCUCUCACCUGCAUCAUGUAUGCCAUAUUCCAGGAGCGAGAUCUCCUGAAGACGUUCAAGAUCUCCUCGGACACGUUUGUGACGUACAUGAUGACGCUGGAGGAUCACUACCACUCGGACGUGGCCUACCACAACAGCCUCCACGCUGCCGACGUGGCCCAGUCCACGCACGUGCUGCUCUCCACCCCGGCCCUGGACGCUGUCUUCACUGAUUUGGAAAUCCUCGCUGCAAUUUUUGCAGCUGCCAUUCACGAUGUGGAUCACCCCGGGGUCUCCAAUCAAUUUCUUAUUAAUACAAACUCCGAGCUGGCCCUGAUGUACAACGACGAGUCCGUCCUGGAGAACCACCACCUGGCAGUGGGGUUCAAGCUGCUUCAAGAGGAGCACUGUGACAUCUUCCAGAACCUGACCAAGAAGCAACGGCAGACGCUCAGGAAGAUGGUGAUCGACAUGGUGUUGGCGACAGAUAUGUCCAAGCACAUGAGCCUGUUGGCUGAUCUGAAGACUAUGGUGGAAACCAAGAAAGUAACCAGUUCGGGAGUGCUCCUUCUGGACAACUACACGGACAGGAUACAGGUUCUCCGAAACAUGGUACAUUGCGCGGACUUGAGCAAUCCCACAAAGUCUCUGGAGCUGUACCGGCAGUGGACAGACAGGAUCAUGGAGGAGUUCUUCCAGCAAGGAGACAAAGAGCGCGAGAGAGGGAUGGAAAUCAGCCCGAUGUGCGACAAGCACACAGCGUCGGUGGAAAAAUCACAGGUGGGAUUCAUCGACUACAUCGUCCACCCGCUGUGGGAGACGUGGGCCGACCUGGUGCAGCCGGACGCCCAGGACAUCCUGGACACGCUGGAGGACAACAGGAACUGGUACCAGAGCAUGAUACCUCAGAGCCCAUCGCCCCCGCUGGAGGAGCGGGGCAGGGACUGCCAGGGCCUGAUGGAGAAGUUCCAGUUUGAACUGACGCUGGAGGAGGAGGAUUCGGACGGCCCGGAGAAGGAUGGCGAUGGCAUCGCCUACUUCAGCAAUACAAAGACGCUCUGCGUGGCUGACCCGGGCGAGGAGGCCAGCGUGGAAAUCGUGACAGAAGACACAUCUCCCGUCGACACAUAA